GGGCGGGCGCAGCGCGAGGCCGGCGAGCGGGCGGGAAGCCAUGGCGCCGUCCGGGCCGCUGUUGCUGCUGCUGCUGCUGCUGCUGCUGGUCCCGCGGGCCGGCGCGCGGGCCGGACCCUACUUCCGCCCGGGCCGGGGCUGCCGCCUGCCCCUGCGGGGGGACCAGCUGUCGGGGCUGGGGCGCAGGACCUACCCCAGGCCUCAUGAGUACCUGUCCCCAUCGGACCUGCCCAAGAGCUGGGACUGGCGCAACGUGAACGGGGUCAACUACGCCAGCGCCACCAGGAACCAGCACAUCCCCCAGUACUGUGGCUCCUGCUGGGCCCACGGCAGCACCAGUGCCAUGGCGGACAGGAUCAACAUCAAGAGGAAGGGGGCGUGGCCCUCCACCCUGCUGUCCGUGCAGCACGUCCUGGACUGCGCCAACGCGGGCUCCUGCGAGGGGGGCAACGACCUGCCGGUGUGGGGGUACGCCCACAAGCAUGGCAUCCCGGACGAGACCUGCAACAACUACCAGGCUAAGGACCAGGAGUGCGACAAGUUCAACCAGUGCGGAACCUGCACGGAAUUCAAGGAGUGCCACGCCAUCCAGAACUACACCCUCUGGAAGGUCGGCGACUACGGCUCCCUCUCCGGCAGGGAGAAGAUGAUGGCGGAAAUCUACGCCAACGGCCCCGUCAGCUGCGGUAUCAUGGCGACGGAGAAGAUGGUGAACUACACGGGCGGCGUCUACGCCGAGUACCAUGACCAUGCCUACAUAAACCACAUCAUCUCUGUGGUCGGCUGGGGCGUCAGCGAUGGCACGGAGUACUGGAUUGUCCGGAAUUCGUGGGGGGAACCGUGGGGUGAGCACGGCUGGAUGCGGAUAGUGACCAGCACCUAUAAGGAUGGGAAGGGUGCCAGUUACAACCUUGCUGUGGAGGAGUACUGUACAUUUGGGGACCCCAUCGUUUAAGGCGCAUGUCUCCAGAAGAGCAGUGUUAUCGUGAACCACAAUCAGAGGGGGUCCGCUCGCUCUGGGCACUGGGUUGGUACCACCACGGUCUGAAGGGACUAGGGGCUGGCAUUCAACACAAUCUGACGGCUGGUCACAGCACUGAGCGCCUAGAAGGGGCGCGUGUCGACCUGCAGACUGCGGUGGCGCUGGCCGCAAGCGCACUCCUGGGGGAAGAGAGAAAUGGGAAGGCUGGGAGCCCCGUGCCGGGAGCGCCCCUACCACCAGGAUGGCAGCAGUCAGCCUGGCCGAGGUGUGAUCCGCAAGGCCGUAAUGACGUGACCUCCAGUCUCUUCAAUCCAUGAUUUGGUGUUUUCUGUUUGGCAAUGUGGUCUAUAAUAUGGUAAAGAAGGGCAGACUUAUCACCAGUUCUUAUGUCACCCUGGAAUCAGUGGUGGGGGUGGAAGGAGAAAGAAGAUGGCCAUUUGAGAUUGCCCAAGUGAUGAAUAAAAUACGUGACUCCCCGCAGGA